AGUUGGGAUUUUUUCUAUCCCCUGGUAACCCUGGCUUCAGUGAACUUUCUGAGUGGCCACUUUCUUAUUUAAGCCAGAGCUUAAGCAGGGCAUGGCACAGACGGUGACACUGGGCACCUCCCCAGAGGGGCCUCGUCCCUCCUACAUGUACAAGGUGGUCCUGCUGGGCAGCAUGUCCGUGGGCAAGUCAAGCCUGGCCUACAGAUACGUGAAGAGCGACUUCAGGGAGCUGCUGCCAACUGUGGGAUGCUCCUUCUUCACGCAGAUACUCAACCUGGAGGAGGCCACUGUCAAGUUUGAGAUCUGGGACACAGCUGGCCAGGAGAAGUACCAGAGUGUCUGUCACCUCUACUACCGGGAUGCCCACGCUGCCCUCCUCGUUUAUGACAUUGCUAACAAGCAAACAUUCAGCAGAGCAAAGCUGUGGCUGGAGGAGCUGGAGAAGAAAUUCCUUCCUGAUGAAAUUGUGAUUGCUCUGGUGGGCAACAAGACUGACCUUGCUGCUGAGCGAGAGGUCACCACUGAGGAGGGGGAAGACUUUGCACGAACAAAAGGCCUCCUGUUCAUGGAGACGUCUGCGAAAUCCAACCACCAAGUAAAUGAUCUUUUCAUGGCCAUAGUCCAGGAGCUCCUGAGGAGGGAAAAAGAGAAGGCAUCCAAGCCAUCCCCACAUGGGAAGGUGACUGUGGACCUGAGGGCAAGCAGCACGAGCACGGGGUGCUGCCGGAGCUGAGGAUGUGGCACUCUGCACUCAGCAGGGCUGGAGCCCACCUCCUUCGGGGACAGUGACAAAGCAGGGGUGCUCAGAGCUGCAGGGACAGCUCAGCCUGGCCACCCUCCCUCUCACAGCCCGUUCAGAGCCCAUCCUGGGUACACGGGGCCUCUUCACCCCUUUAGCUCCAUCUUUAGCUGGGAGAUAAAGCACAGGGAUUUCUUCCUCCAGUCUUCCAUUUCCAGAGAAAAGCACAAGCUGCCAGGAGCACUGCCACCAACCCUGACUGGUGACGUGCCCCCACCCCCAGCUGUCACCUCCUCCAUCUCCCUUUCUCUCUGAAAAGGGAGGGUUUAAUUUCCCAAAGCAAAGAUCCCGGUGGUUUUACACCCAGGCUGCAAAUAAAGAGAAUAUUGCCCU